UUAGUUCUUGAUUUCUUGUCACUGAUUGAGUUUGUCGUAGAGUCUGUCAUUUUCGUAUUUUGUUAGGGAAUGUCGUACAAUGUUUCGUUUGAAUCGUCAUUUCAAUUCAGCUAUGAAUGUCGAUGCUCCAGGUAGAUUGAGUUUUUAUGGCAAUCCAAGUUUGGAAGACUAUAGACGCUCUAAAAGACUCUUUCGGUUUGAAUUGAUGCAAAUGCGUAAGGAAAUGUCUUUCCAGUGCCAUACGAGCUACCCUAUUUGGAUUCUUUCCAUUAAGGAAAAUGCCAAAGGCAAAACAUGGGUCUCCAAGAUUUUCAGCCCGAGGAAGAUCGAUAAAAAGGUUAAACUCACUAUUCAAGGAAUUUUGGAGUUUCGUUAUUUCCCUAGUCAAACGGGAAUCUAUUGCAUGAAUAUUAGCAUGUCGAUUAGUUCUGGGAGUUUGCAUCUUCAAAUAAUGGCAGAAAAAGGUCAAAGUACGGAGCAACUGAAUUCACUCAAGCGAAGGAUUCUACUGCAACAAGUAUAUAAAGAGUCUCAAAAGGAAAAUGCAUCGGUCUGUGGUCACACAAGGAUAUCAGAAAGAUUGAAGAUACAAUUAACAUGCCAAAGCAAAGAUUGCAUGGUUCUUAUAGAUAUUCACAUAGAAAAAUGUCUCAGAAAAUCAUUGAAUAUUACAACGAGUUCGAAGAAAACUUCAAAGUUCAAAAAGAUAGUGAUCAUACGACCAUUUGUUUGGGAGCAAAUAUCCAAACUUGAAGAAAGCAUUUCAACCUGGGAGAGCACCGAGGCUAUGCCAUGUUUCUAUAGUCAACAAAACUUUGUGGACCUCGCCUUUUAUGUUUCUGGCUUUCAUCAUUAUCAACUAGAGCAACGAUUGUUACAAAAGGCAAAAACUAUACAGGCCCUCAAAAAGUGUUUUGGGAAGAUUCUGUUUCUAUAUGCUUAUAUUUCUCCUAUACACGAUAGACAUCCUGAUGGAACUUGUCUUAUGUUUUAUUCUCUAUUCGAUUCUAUCGUCGGUUUGCAUUUACGAGGUGUAACUCAGUUGUUCAUGAAUGUACACGUGAUCAGACCAUUUUGGCUGGAUGAAUUGGUCCAUAUGUAUUUCACUCGUUUAAGAAACAACAGCUUUUGGAUAGCAGGGAGCAUUAGUCACUGUCCAGGGACCUUUGCCUUUCAAGAUUGGCAUAUUAAUGGCAAUGCGUUGUAUAAUUUACAAGACGAAUCUUUCCUUUGGUAUUUAUCACUAGUAAGACAAUAUUAUUUUCCAAAAAUGCAUGUGAAAUAUGCCUGGGGUUGUUCUGGAGGUCAUGGAGGAUAUGAUCAUUCCAUUUACAAUCUUCCUCUUGAUCUGUACAAGGAUAACAUUCACUGUUUUGGGAAUACCUCUGGUUCUUUCAUUACAUUUGCUCAUGGUCAAAUGGUAGACUUUAAAGAAGAUCGGUUUGAAGAAAAUAGUGGUUCUGAAAUUUACUUUGUUUCUUGUUAUUUAUUUGUUUGGAUAUCCUCAAUAGUUGUGUUUGGGGGAGCUGCAGAUGUUGCAUCAGUGGCAAGUCAUUGUAAUGGAUAUUGCGGAUUCUCUAUUGCCUGCGGUGUUUUGUCAUUUCUUAUCACUUCUACUUUGCUGAUAUUUUAUUUGUUUCAAUUGGAAAGAGUCUUGAAAUUUCAGUAUAUUCCAAUCAUAUUUCUAGUUCUUCUGUGGGCAGCAGGAACAGGGGUUACUUCCAGUGUACACGGUGAAAGUGUCAACACUCCAGUAUCGGUGGCGUUUUCCUGGUUAUCUUUGAUUGGUUCCUUGAUACUAUUAUUCCUAGUUGUUCAAAAAUACUCAAAAGCAGGGAUACACAUAAGACUGUCUUUGAGUCCGCAAACCCAAACCAAGUUGAACACAACCAACGUAUCCACAGCCUCCUCAACAUAUCCUCAAGCCUAACAAGGCUAUUGAUGCCCAUUUUUACAAAUCUAAAAGUUUCUUU